UUAAAACGCCGUUUUGAGCCACUUCGUCGCACUAGUUCGAUAAUUAGCACAUUAUGUGAAUAGUCACGAAUAUUUAAAGGGCCAUAUUAUGUACUGUGAAACAUUGUAUGAUACAUAAGCCGCAAUUCGUGUCGAUUUAAAACACACGUGGUUUAGUUUUUCGUCACUGGUUACGAAUUUCCUAUUUUUCGCAUUUGUAUCGUAAUGUACUAUUAUUUUAUUUUAAGUUUGUUCAUAACGAAGAACUUCCGGUACUAGGUAUCUAUGUUUGUUUCAAUAAGAUAUAAACACUUCCGUGCAUAUUGGAGAAAGUUAUGUUAUAGUACAGAACCCUCAACUUGCACGUCCUAAUUUCGGUACCUAAAGCAAAUUUUUAAUUUAAAUCAAUGAUCGUUAUAGGCAAUGAAGUAUAAUUAAUCGAUAAGCAUACAGAACAAUUACUUCACGUACAGAAAUGAUGGCUGUAGGACUUUUCUUUCUAAUAUCUAGCUUUAGAUUAAUAUUGGGAGAGGAAGAAGGAUUUAUAGUCGGGGGUGAUUAUGUUAAAAACAUAAAAAUAUUUCCUCAUGUCGCUUUCCUGACCUUGCAAGUAGCUGACUCAGAUGAUGAAUACAUAUGUGGAUCUUCAAUAUUAAACCAAUUGAUUUUGGUAACCGCCGCACAUUGUUUGGAUAACAUCGGGACAGCGACUGCUUCUGUAGGUAAUGUGGAUAGGGAAAAGGGAAAGAUGUACCGUGUCGCGAGCUUCCAGCAACACGAGAACUGGGAUACGGUUAACAUUAAUCACGACAUAGCUCUGUGUCGGCUACGUACACCAUUAAAAUUGGGACCGACGGUAAAGCGGGUGGUGCUGAUGAAGCAUCCUCCGAAAGCGAGAAUAGCUGACUUAGCUGGCUGGGGUGUAACCGACGAAGAAUACUAUUCUGAUACCGUUAUGCUUAAGCACACAAGACAGAAGCUGUGGACUCAUGAACAGUGCCGAAGAAUCUUACACAACUCACCCAAAGGAACGAUCUGUGGAGGUGAAAGUCGUGCGAAAGGAGAUUUCGCUUCUAGCGGAGACUCUGGUAGCGGCCUCUUAGUAGACAACAAAAUAAUCGUUGGGCUGGUCUCCUACAAAGACACCAGCGUUUCUCGCAGUCUUGUGAUCUACACGGACGUCUCAUAUUUCUACGAUUGGAUUAUGCAGACAUCCCAACGAUUAACCUGCUCUUGAUUUAUUUAAUAUCAAUAUAUUUCAGGAGCUUUUGUCAAAAAAAAUUCAGCACAAAAAGUAAAAUAAAAUAACAUUCAAAUUGU